AAACUGUUUUUCUUAUUUUCGGUUCCACAACUCUGCCGGUUCUCUACCGUAUGGAUCUAUAGAUGGUUACAAUAUAAUGUUUGGAUUGAUGUAAGGUAAAGAAAAUCAAAUGUUUAAUCUAUACUAAGGGUUAAAAUUUGAUAUAUUUAUAGAUUAAACAAAAUAUGUUUAGUAAAAUUCCUAGAAGAUCCAAAUUUAAAAAAUCACACAUGAAUAGAAGUUUAGAAUAGAUAUGUAUCAAAUAUUAACAAAAAAAGCUAAAAAUCGAAAGUUAAAAUUAAGCCUGGCAUUCGAGUCUUGUCGGGUCCGGAUCCUUUUCGGAUCUUAGAUAAUUAAAUCUAAUAGAAUAAUUAGAAUUAUUUGGUUCGAAUUCAGUUCGGAUUUAGAUUAGAUUCGGUUAGGGUCUUGUCUGAUCUAACCCAAAAAAUAUCUAAAACACACAAAAAAUACUUGAAAAUAUUUAAUUAUCCGAAAGUAUCUGAAUUUUUAUUUAAAAUCUGAUCCGAAGAUAUGAAAAAUACCUGAAAUUUUAUUCGAUUAUCCGAAUUAUAUUUUUACAAAUCUAAAAUUUUAUCAGAAAACCCAAAAACAUACCCUGAAACCCAAAAUCAAAACUUAAAAAAUAUUCCAUAAUACCAAAAAUAUAUUGAAACACUUAUAUGCAACUAACCUAUACCAAAAAUUUUGGAUAUUUCAGAUAUUCUAUCCGAUCUCGGAUUUGAGCCAGGUGAGAUGCAAGACUUGCAGGUUCUCUAUAACAAGAUUUAAUAGAGUAAAAUGAUCGGUUUGAUUACUAUCCGGAUCGAAUUUUUACGAGACGAUUUUGGAUCAGAUCUUCGAAUUCGGGUAAAAUGUUCAAUCCUAGGCCUAGUUAAAAUAGAGGAAGUAGAGCAUUUUUUGUCUAAAUUCAUUGAUAAGCCAAAAGCCCCAAACCAGGUAGAGUUGGUAUGAAAUACAUAUUCCUUUCCUUUUUCUUCUUUGUCCUUUUUUUUUCCCUAAAUUAAAAAAAAAAAAAAAGUUAAGUUCGGUUUUCCUAUAGAUCUAGAUCUGUAUAUAUAUAUAUAUAUAUAUAUAUAUAUAUGUUUCCUUGGAAUCUCCAAAACUUGUUUAAGAUCAAAGUGGUGGGUGAAUUGAGUAUUUGCAGGAAGAGGAGGUGGAGAGAAAGAUGCAGGAUUGGGAAACAGGGGAGAUUCCUGAGGAUCUCAUGAUCGAAAUAGCGGCGAGAUUGCCUGCGAAAUCGGUGAUGAGGUUCAAGUGCAUCUCAAAGUUCUGGUCAUCUCUCCCUUUGUCGACACACUUUUGCAACCGUUUCCUGACGUACCAAUCCCAGCAACCUCGUUUCUACAUGUCGUUAGUGCACCGCCUAGAAAACACAAAAUCUCUACUUCUAUCAUCCACAUGUCCAUGUCCGUCUUCCUCCUUAGAAUUCCACCAAGACCUCACCAUCGGUGGUGGGAUGGUGGGCAACUUACUACGCGUUCUCCAUGGCUUCAUCUGCUUCACGGUGAAGUCAGAGGCGCGUAUCUAUAACCCCAGCACCAGACAACUUGUCAUCUUGCCUUGCAUACAAGAAUCUUUUGUCAAAGGAUAUCCCCAUUAUUUCAGUCUCUACUUUAUCUGCCACGACCCAGUCAGCGAUCAGUACAAGCUACUCUGCGUAAUUACGGCCUUAUUCUCUAGACAAGGACUAGACGAACAAGAAAAGGAAGAAUUAGCAAGUGUCCCAGAGACUAUUUCAGAGCAUUGGGUCUUUGUACUAGAAGCUGGUGGUUCGUGGAAAAGGGUUGCAGAAGAUUUUCGAACUCCUCACCAUCCUUCCCGUCAACAAGUGACUAUGAACAAUGUUUUAUAUUAUAUGGCUUUCACUGAUUCUUCACAGACUUGUGUUCUUGUGAGUUUCGACAUCAGGUCUGAAGAGUUGAGUAUGAUUAAACUACCUCCUCCCCCUGGGAAGAGGUUGGCUCUAAUAAACUACGGUGGCAAAGUAGCUGUCUUUGACUUCUCUUUGCUCAAAGAGAAUGGCUUGGUGGAUCUGUGGGUUGUGGAACAUUGGAGGAACAAGGAAUGGUCAAGGAAGACUCUGUUUUUGCAGCCUUGUCAAAUGCAUUUAGUCACUCACUGUUUUUUCACGGCAAAAGGUACAACUCUAAAAGGUCAAGUUCUCUUGGUACCACAAUACUUGAUUCCUCCCUUUUACUUUCUCUGCUAUGAUUUCCAACUCAAUCAUCUCAAAAAGGUUGAAAUCAGUGGGAUACCGGAUCACUGGUUUACUAUGGAUAGUUUUUUCAAAUCUUUUGACGUGGAGUUUAUGGAUCCGACUGAGAAUGUCAAGUACCUCGAAUCUUGAUCCUGCUUUUUAGGAUGACGACGGCAUUCUUCGAUCAGAUCAUCCUGUUUCGUCUUUCUCUUUGUUUAGCUAAAACUUAUUUAUUUUGUAACUAGGUAACUUCCCUUUGAAUUUAAUAUGUUAUAUUUCUUUCUUGGCCUUUUGCUCUCUUCA